CCCUCUGAUGCACUCCUCUGCGAUGGCUGCAAAAUGACAGUGCUGAACAUCUCUAUCCCGCUCUGCUGUUUCAUCCGACGUGGAUCAGCAUACCCCAGGCACGGGUGUUUAUACAGCGCUUUGAAGCUGAACAGCAGCAUAAAGUUACAGCAGGACUGACUAAAGAGCUACCCCGGCCUUCCCCAGCGCACAUGCCAUUACCCGCUGGACCACGCGGGACGAGUCAGACACCAACAGACACACACGGAUCCAUAAAGCUAUAGGGAUGGGGAUCCCGGCCUCCCUGCACCGCUGCGGGUGCACCCUCUCACGCCAGACCUCUUCGCAAGGCAAACCUCAGCACCACCGCGCCCAGGGGGUUUCCCUGUGCUUUGGAAUGGUGCAAUAGGGCAGGAGCGAGCUGGAGCGGGAGGGGAGCUAUGCCGGACACGUACAGAGAAGCAAAGCGCCCAGCCCAGCGCCAGCGGUGCCGAUUGAAGCGAGGGGGGAAGCGUCUACCGUUUCCUCGGGCGGUAAAAAUAUGACAUGCAUUAGCGAGGAGAAUAAAGGGAGGGAAACAAAGGAGCAGGAGCCAACACCUGUCGCUCUCCUCGGGGAUGAGCCCUAAUGCUUUUAUUUGCCUCAGCCUGCUGGGGAACUGCAGCUGCCAACUGUCAUCAGCAUCAAGUUACCCGCACAAAGCUGCCCGGACCGCCGCUUUCAGCACCGGGAGGCGGGGGGCUGCGAGCCGACGUGGGGCGGCACCGAGCGCUCGGCGGCCACCGGGGGGGUGAGCAGCCCCCCCGGAGAACAGCCCGGGUGCUACCCGGCACUGCCGCAGGGCCCGUAAUGAGCGUGUCGCCUGGGUCAGGCACCCAAACCGCACCCCGGCACUUGUGAAGCCUGCCAUCCAUUGGGAUGGGGACGGGGCAAGAAGACCGGACCCACCAUAGGCUCAAACCGGCCUCUCUCAGCCCAAGCCGUUGCUGACACCCGGUCACCCCGGCCUGCAGCCAUAACCGCUGCCGGUAGCGACGGGCACCGGCGGCCGGGGCCGGCGCUUCGGCUGAUGGACCGACAGAAGCACGCUCAGUCCUCCCCACCGCGCUGAGCCCCCCAAUGGCGGAGGACCGGGGUGUUUCGGUAGCGGUGAAGGCGCUGCCAUGCCCUAGUGCUUCGAGGAAGCUGCCCCACUGCGGGCAGGGGUAUCGUCCCCUCCGCAGUGCCCCGGGGGGCGAAUCGGCGCCGGGGCCCGGCCCCAUAGAGCCGGCGGGCCCGGCGGGCAGCGCGCACAGCGCCCCCCGCCCCGGCGCAGACAAAGCGGCCGGCUGCCAUUGGCCCGUUCGGCCCACGCUGCGGCAGCGGCAGCGCGGCACAGCCAAUGGGCGCACCGAGCAGCAGCGCGCAGGGUAUAAGUAGGGCGGCGCGGCGGGGCGGGGAGCGCGGCGGAGUGGGGCAGAGCAUCGCGGGUCCGCCGCGCUAUGGCGCCCUCCUUCCGGCACGGCAGGGCCGACAGGAAGACGAGGAAGCCGCUGGUGGAGAAGAAGCGCCGGGCGCGGAUCAACGAGAGCCUGCAGGAGCUGCGGCUGCUGCUGGCCGACAGCGAGUUCCAGGCGAAGCUGGAGAACGCGGAGGUGCUGGAGCUGACGGUGCGGCGGGUGCAGGCCGUGCUGGAGCGCCGCUCGCUCGAGGGCGGGCGGCUGCACCGUGAGGCCAGCGAGCGGUUCGCUGCCGGCUACAUCCAGUGCAUGCAUGAGGUGCACACCUUCGUGUCCAGCUGCCCCGGCAUCGACGCCACCACGGCCGCCGAGCUGCUGAACCACCUGCUGGAGUCCAUGCCCCUCAGCGACGGCAGCUGCCCGGACUCGGUCACGGACGUUGGGGCAGAUCCCACCGCGCUCAGCCCCUGGCUCGGCAACGAGGCGCUGGCCCCGGCCCUCCCUGCCUUGGCACCCUCGCCCUCUCCCAGCGAAGAGACCUGCUCCGACUCGGACGAGGCGGAAGCCGAGCUGGGCCAGACCUCCACUGAUGGACUGGACGCUUCCCAGACAUGCAGCCUGCCUUCGCCUAGCUUACCCAAAUCCAUGUGGAGACCUUGGUAACGGAGGUGCACGCAGGAAUCAACGCAGACCUACCUAGCGGGGCGAGCAGCCGUGCCCCAUGUUGCCCUAUGGCACUCCGAGCAGCGCGGGGGGCCGCCGGCGGGCAUCGCUGCGGUUCGGGACUGCAUCCAUGGCACUCUUACACUGUCAGGCCCUGACAGGCUAAUAGCUAAACGCGUUAACGUUUCAUCCGUGUGCGUGUGUGGCGUUUUGUAACUUUAGGGGUUGUUUUUAUGAGGUUGGGGGAGGGGGCGGGGUGAGGGAGUUGGUCUUUAGUAGCAAAGCUCUUUGGUGGAUACAUAGCAGUUAUUUUAUAACCCUGUCUCUUGGCCCUUAUAAGUGGCCCGGAUAUCACUACCUUUUUCUUCCUAAGAAAAAGCCCUUGUGCAUUUUGAAUCACGAUGGUUAACUCCAUGAGAAGCUCGAGUCUGCAUGCAGAGUUUUAAGUGUUCUAGUGAUAGCAAAGACCCCUGAAAGGGGUUGGUGGGGUUAGCAUCUGUACUUGGUAGCAGUCUAGAGCCUCACCUUCAGUGAAGGAAGAGGAAAGGCUUAGAGACCUCGUGGAAUUAGGGAAACAGUUAAAAGAUACCGGUGGCAGGGCGCCUUUUAGAGAUGAGUGUCUUUAUGCACACUUUGCUUUUAGCACAUUUGAGUUUAUUGUGACUUUAUGUAUAUGAGGGUGUCAAAUGUUUUUUAUUUUGAAUCUUUAAUAAAAAAAAUACUGAAUUCACCACUGAGGGCAUGUGUUGUGGGGUGUGAUACACUUCUAACUGGCUUAAAAGUACAGUUUCCUAUUGUUAACUACUAACAAAGUAUGUGUGUGUUAAGGAAACAAUGCUGGCAAUUAAGCACUUAAUUCUCGUACUAAGCAUUGUUAGCUCAACUGUUAGAAUUCAAAUGUUUCUUUUGUUUAAUCCCCAAAAACACUUAAGUUAUUGCAGUCAGCAAGGUCAUACUAAUGGAAGGUGGAUCUAAGGCCAUGGGCUUUUCUGGGCUAGUUUAUCUGGAUGCCAGUCUCAAACCUACUGUACUUGAUCUGCCAUCUGAACGUGUUGCUCAUACAUCUACAGUCCUGACUUGAGAAGUGCUAGGCAAAUCCUGCCCUGGGGCAUGACUUCACAGAGGUUUGGGGACUUAUUUUGAUUGUUAGAAGUGUGGUUGGGUGUUUUUGGUUGUUUUUCCUUUAGAACACAAAGUUGAAUAGUGUGCAAUGGAUUUGGGAAGUAUUUAAAGCAAGGGUCGUAGUGGGCUGGGAGGAGGGGACCCUAAGCAUUCUUGUAUGUGGGGUUUGACACCUCCCCUGCUACUCCUUUUGGGGGAUGCCAGGUUAUUUAUGCUGUGAUAAUACCAUGCAGAGAGCUGACAUUGUAAAGAAAAAAAGGAUUGUAAAGUCGCUUAAUACAUGAAAGUUCCCAAACAUAGGGCAAGUAAGAAAGGAAGCAACCCAACUACCAAGGGACUAGACCUAUAACUUUCUUUUUGUUAACAACCCUGUGGAACAAUAAAAAUGGAAACUAAGAUACUG